UUCUGCUUGUGGUGUCGUUCGUUGCGAAAUAAAAGCAUGGAUCUGGACGGUAACAACGAUUUUGAAGAAAUAAACGCCGAGUAUAUCGAGAGCGAAUACGGUAAAUUAGAUUGAUUAGCAUAAAGUCAUUUAUGAUAUAUUUUUUCAUAUACAUUCCAGAUACUGACAAAGAUGAAGAUAAAUCUCGCUGGGGAGCAAGUGAAACAAGCGGAGAUGAAAUAUUCGUCAGAGUUUUGAAACUUUAUGGAAAGGUUCUUUUGGAGAAAAGUCAAGUUCCUGAAGUGAAACGUAAAAAGAAAACUGCGCUAAAAGUGGUAGAAGAACAGCUUCUGAUUCAGUACGGGAUUUCGAUGUCUGGAAAACAGAUAAGCAAGAAAGUGCAAAAUUUGAAGGCGAGAAUCAAAGAAAAGACGGAUACCAAAGCGACUGGAAACAAAAAAAUCACAUUAAAAAGUCACGAAACAGAUUUUUUUAACAUUAUGGGUGGAAUAGAAAAUCCCAGCGUGUCCAAAAGAUGUUAUGGCGUUUCAUUUGGGUCGACAACUUCACUUGCUGGUCCGUCAAUUUCUGAAGAUUCUACAUUAUAUGAUGUCGAAAACAUGGAUGAAACGGAUCCAAUUCCAAGUACUGAGGAACAUUUGAACGAUACUCUGUCGACGAAGAUCAGAACUAACGUUACACAGCGAGCUAUAUUGGAGCAACAACUGAAACUGAUAAAGGCACAGCAAGAUUAUACAGCUCAACUAAAAGUCCAACAGGAUGAGAGACAUAAAAAAGAAAUGGAGCUGCUGGCACUGAAAAAAGAAGUAGCUCUACUUUAAUUUAAAAUGUUGAGAAACAAUAAUUAUGUGGAAUUGAGUAAUGAAUAAGUAAAUAAGUGCGUAUGUGUGUGCGUGUGUGUGGACGAGUAAUGUAAACGGAUAUUUAAAAAAAUGAGAAUACACAUUACACUUGUUACGAAUAUCAAAAAUACAUGUUUAUAUUAUAAAAACGAACGUAGUUAAUACUAUGUUAUUCAAUACUUAAGGUAUUCAUAUAUUCUUAAAGAAAAACUGAAAAUAUUUUAAUUGCAUAGUCUUCUGAUGAAACAUCGAUAGAAAUUUAAAGUUUCAAUGAUUUUACAUGGUUUCCAAUUGUAAUCGAGUUACAUUCCACAGUUAUUACCGGUUUUUGUUUCUUACGCUCUAAUUUCUGGCUAAUAGAAACGAAGCUAUAGCAUCACGACGUUGUUUCCCACGUUGCAGUACUGUGUUUGCAGCCGUGUCAGAAAUUUCGAACAAACUUUGAUUUAUUUCGCAAUUGGUCGAAUCUGAAUAUGGUUCGAAGUCAGUAUCAUUAACAUAUUUUGCAACAUUAUGCAAAACGAAGCAAGCUGCAAUCAUUCUUGGAAUACGCUCAGUGCUCACGCGUACCUUAGAUUGCAGAAUAGGGAAUCUUUGUUUUAUUUGACCAAAACAUCUUUCAAUAAUAACUCUUUCUUGAGUAUGUAUCUUAUUGUACUGUUUUUGGCCAGCAGUUACUGGGUUUCGAUACGGGGUCAUCGUCCACGGUGCUAAAGGGUAUGCUUCAUCAGCCAACAGUAGAGCACCGGAUCCGUUUUGCUGCAUAAUUUUCAAUAUUUCGGAGUUCCGCCAUAUACGAGCGUCAUGAACGGAACCAGCCCAUUUACAGUCAAUGCUUGUAAAAAUCUCUUUGGCAUUGCAAGUCGCUUGUACGUUGAAAGAAUGGAGCCCUUUUCUAUUAAUGAACUCAUCCUUGUAGAUAUUGGGUCUUUUUAUCAGGAUAUGGGUACAAUCUAUAGCCCCGAUUGCACCGGGCAUUCGAUGUUUGGACAACCAGACUUUCUUUUCAUGUUCCAGUUCUUGUGUCGUCUGUGGAAAACGAAUCCAAUCGUUGGCUUUGAUAACAAUUGCCUUGCACACAGCCCAUAUAGUUUUGCAUACCGUUGUUUGGUGGAUACCCAGAUCCUCUCCAACUCCAACCUGAAACAUAUUUGGGUUUUAAAGAUUAAUGACAAUAAUUAAUAUCUUAUCUAUUAUUUAUAAUUAGAUUACCUGAAAUCCGGGGUCUCCCAAGUAACGCAAGAAACAUUUCAUUCGCUGGAUGUCCCCGAGAGCUCCACCUCUAGUUUCAUUGUCGUUUCCUAAAAAAAUUUGUGCUAAAUGAUCAACGUUUUCGCGGGAGAAUCUGUAUAGUUGCUUGAAAUUGUCAUCGUCACCUAUGCGUCUCCCUUUGUAUAUUUUUGUUGCGCGAUUUCUCGUAUAAAUACCAUCAACAUCGACAACUGGUUGAAAUGGUAGAUUAAAAAAAUCCCCAGAGUACAUAUUGAUGUAUGCCUUAUAAACUUAAAUUUUACGUAAUUCUCCAAACGAUCCCUUGCGAAGUGCGGUCUGAGUCUGCUUAGAGGCACACUCAAAGUUUUCGGAGUGUUUACUUGACUGUUACGGUUUUAUUCAUACGAAUUGUGAUGUUCGAAAAGUAAACACUCAAUUCUCGUUUUUUUAUCAUACGGAUGUGAGUAAAAGCUUGAGUGAAUGCUUUGACAGGCGAAUUUGAGUGAAGUCAAGUAAAGCACUCAUUUUAUUCAUAUGACCUAAUGUUCCAGACAAGGAUACUAUUGGCGAGGCAAGGUGGCUAUUUAAACUUAAGUUUAAAAUGCCCUGUGAGAUGAUGGCUUCUUCUCGUAUUCAGCUAAAUUAAAUAAACUAAAGAAAAAAGGCUACCGAACGAUUGAUAUUUUUAUAGGGACGGAUUUUUUUGUACAUUUAUGAACAUCGAUACAAGAAAAUCGAGUGUUUCGUGUUGUUGUUGGAAUAUCUAUCUAUCUGAUUUAUUGAAAAGUUUACUAUUACAAAUAGACAGGAUUAAUAAUUAAUGAUUUCGGAUUCUCUCUGCCACUACAACUCUUACAAACCGUUUAAAGUUAAGUUCAGUCGUAUAACAAAUGGUUCUUCUAGAGCAGCUAUACGCGGCCACCGGGCUCAUUUGGUUGGCCCGCCUGGCCCGUUACCAUUUUGUAUAUGUAACAAUCAUGAAAACUGCAUUAUCUAAGGAACAUGAGAUGAGAAUAAUGGAGAUUGACACAUUACACAUUAGAUAGUUUUCUAGUUAAGGGGUACUAGUAGAUUAAAUAUCUAUUAAAUACAUUUAAUCCAAUCAUUAGCGCUAUUCUUGUUGACGUUAGUGAAAGAAAAUGGAAAUAUGGAUAUAAAAAUUUGAAUUGAAAACAUUACCGAAUUUGACGUAGAACUACGUCUUUCAGGAAAGGUGCCGAAUCAGAAAGCGUCACGUUUUUGUGAAAUAAAGUUAACGUUAAUAACUAUUUUCACUGUGAACGAAUUCUCAUGAUUUGCAUAUCAAUCGAAUCGGAAAUUCUCUAAGAUUUGUGUGAUAUGCUAUACACUACAAUUCGCUAAUCUCUAAACGGUUUAAAUUCAUGAAAACUGGAAGAACUUUCUUUUUCCCAUACAUUUGUUCUGCCGAUUUGUGUGCUAACCCUACCCGUAUUUCGAAUGCUUAUGACUCGAACAUUUCUUAACAGAUCGGAAAGAUGUUUGCAUCAAUUGAUGGGAAAUAUUUCUACGCGUCUAUCACAAUUAAUAAAAUGUUAUUUUUCAUGAGAUGAACAAUUGAAUAACUGUAAAAUGACAAGCGUUAUCUAAACGUCCUAACUGCCAAGGGUUGAUUGGCCCGAUUUACGGUUUCCCCAACGCAGACUUCAAAAUCGAUGUACCUGUGGAAAUCCGCUUCGCAAAUAUACAUGCAAGUAGGGGUUAUUUUUGUUCCCACCUUCCCUAACACGGACUUCAAAAUCAAUGUGCCUGGGGGAAUCCGCUUUGUCAAAACAUGUAAGUCGGGGAAUUUUUUCCCCCCGAGUUGUGUUUCGCUAACACGGACUUCAAAAUUGAUGUGCCUGGGGGAAUCAAUACAAUGAUCGUUUGGAAUUGUUCCGUUCACAUAUUUUGGUAGUCCUAGGCAUCAUCUCAUACGUACUAGGACGUUCAUCAAAUUUAUUUGUAACGAAGAACAUAAUCUAUUACAAAACUUCGAUUCAUUCUGAAAUAAUAUUCUAAGUGGUAAACAAGUGGAAUGCAUAAUAUAAUUGCGUAGUUCUACGUCGAAAAUAUGCGGUCGUGUCCUAGAUACAACCCCUUACAAUUUUUUGACAUAAGACU